AUGGAAAAAUAUUAUAAAAGAGUUUCAAAUGUGUCACAUUUUCCUGAGGUGGAGGUAGACAAUUCAAAAAGACAAAAAGUUUCAAUUAUAUCACAUUUUCGUGAAGUAGAUUUUGACAAUUCAAAUAGAAAUUGUACUUCAAGUUCAAUUGAUAUGACUAAUCUUCCUACCGAUCUUGGGUUGCGACCACCAAUUUCCAAUUACCACCCAAAUAUUCAAGAUGAAAUUCGUAGACAUUAUCUACAGCAAGGGCCUUGUCAACCAAGAAGUCGUGAAUUUCCUAAGAAAUUCUAUAGAGUAAAGGAACGUCGAUUCAACAUUGCAUGGUUUGAUCAAUUUUCUACUUGGUUGGAAUGUAGCAUAAGUAAGAAUUCUGCAUUUUUUCUGUGUUGCUAUCUUUUUAAAUCAAGCAUUGGAAAACAAGCUGGUGGCAACACAUUUGUUAGUAACGGUCUUGCAUUUCGUGGUCAUGAUGAGUCCCAAGAGUCUAAUAAUCAAUGUAACUUUCUUGAACUUCUAACGUUUCUUGCUGAUCAUAACGAGGAAGUUAGAGCAGUUGCUUUAAAAAAUGCUCAUGAGAAUCUUAAACUAACUUCACCAAAGAUUCAGAAGGACAUUGUAAAUGCUUGUGCUAUGGAAACAAUUAAUGUUAUUAUUAGAGAUAUGGGAGAUGUUAUUUUUUCUAUUUUAGUUUAUGAAUCUCGUGAUGUAUCCAUAAAGGAACAAAUGGUCGUAAUGUUUCGUUAUGUGGAUAAGAGAGGGUGUGUGAUUGAGCUAUUCAUCAAUAUUGAACAUGUUCAUAAUACCACUGCAAUCUCACUUAAGAUAUAA